AUGUACGGCGAUGUGCGCGAUCUGGGUGCGACGAAUGCGAUUCUCAUCAUCGUGCAGCUCUUCUUCGCCGGCAUCAUCAUCAUCUGCCUUGACGAGCUCCUGCAGAAGGGAUACGGCCUUGGAUCUGGAAUUUCCCUCUUCAUCGCGACGAACAUCUGUGAAAGCAUCAUCUGGAAGGCAUUUAGCCCUACGACCAUCAACGCUGGCCGUGGCGCGGAGUUUGAGGGAGCCGUGAUCGCUCUCUUCCACCUGCUCAUCACCCGGACCGACAAAGUCCGCGCGCUCAAGGAAGCCUUUUACCGACAGAACCUGCCGAAUGUCACCAACCUACUAGCCACCGUGCUUGUCUUCCUCAUCGUGAUUUACUUCCAGGGUUUCCGCGUUGUGCUCCCUGUUCGCUCUAAGAGCGCCAGGGGACAGCAGGGCUCUUACCCCAUCAAGCUCUUCUACACCUCGAACAUGCCUAUUAUUCUGCAGUCGGCUCUCGUCUCCAACCUGUAUUUCAUCUCGCAGCUGCUUUAUCGGAGGUAUGGCGGUUUCAUCCUUGUGCGCCUUCUUGGUGUGUGGGCUGAAUCGGAAUACUCAAGUUCAGGCCAGCUCAUUCCUGUCGGCGGACUUGUCUAUUACAUGACCCCUCCCGCGAGCUUGGCGGACAUUGCGGUACAUCCGUUCCACGCUCUGUUCUACGUUACCUUCAUGCUCUCCGCCUGCGCACUCUUCUCCAAGACGUGGAUUGAGGUCUCCGGAUCGUCUGCACGCGACGUGGCGAAGCAACUCAAGGAGCAACAAAUGGUUAUGCCUGGUCAUCGCGAAUCCAACCUGCAGAAGGAGCUUAACCGCUACAUUCCCACAGCCGCUGCAUUUGGUGGAAUGUGCAUUGGUGCGCUGACCGUUGUUGCUGACUUCAUGGGUGCCAUUGGCUCCGGCACUGGAAUUCUCCUUGCCGUUACCAUCAUCUAUCAGUACUUCGAGAUGUUUGAUAAGGAGAGGGCCACUGAGCUUGGCGUCGCCGGACUCGCAGCGGCAUGGCGACUGAGCAAACAGGGGGUACAGGUGACGGUGUUGGAGAAAGACUCGCACAUUGGCGGCCAUGCGUUCACGUAUAGCACGGACGAUGGCGUUGAUGUGGACCUCGGAUUCAUGGUCUUCAACUCGGUGACCUACCCCAACAUGCUCUCCUUCUUCGAGGAACUAGAGGUGGCAAUAGAACCCUCCGACAUGUCCUUCUCCGUGUCGGUGCCGCGCUGCGAGUGGGGAAGCAACGGCCUCUCGGGCCUCUUUGCUUCGCGCCGCAACGCCUUCCGGCCCUCCUUCUGGCUCAUGCUCCGCGAGAUGACGGUUUUCCACCAGGACGUACUCAACUACCUCGCCAAGCACUCUUUCUCUUCCUUCUCCCUGCUCUCAGCCCCCCAUGUGCGCCUCUAUAUAGUCUACCAGGGGCUUCGACGCCCGUUCUGUUUCCUCCCACAACUCCUAAUCUCUGUGUUCCCACGUGGCACACAUCGCGCGCCACUUCUUCCUCCCCCCUUUUCUCUUCCAUUUCCUUCUUCUCAGCUCCCUGUGUGCGCCUCUAUCUGGCCAAACGGGGUGGAUGGCACUCUCUGUCUCCCAGUCUCCAACCACAUACUAACCCCACAUUUUCUUCCCCUUCCCCUCACCUAUACUUUUCCCUGCGUCUCAGCUCCCUGUGUGCGCCCCCAUACAGUCAAGAUCAACCAGGGUGGAUGGAGCCACGAGCUUCAUGCCCAUUCUGUUUCCUCUCUAUUGACCAGUCUCCUCUCGCCGCUUCUUGCUCUCCCCAUUGGCCUCCGUUUCCUAUUCUCAGCUCCCAGUGUGCGCCUCUAUAUGAUCAACUGGGAUGGAGGCACCCGGAGUUUCUAUGCCUACUCUGUUCCUCUCUGUCUCCCCCUCUCCGGUUCCACAUACUCACAAGAUUUCUAUGCCCGUUUCUCCACCUCUUCACCUAUUUUUUACCCUUUGUCACAGCUCCCUCUCCCAGUGUGCGCCUCUAUAUGGUCGACUGGGAUAGAUGGCGCGAGGAGCUUCAACGCCUUCUCCGUGCUUUCCUUCCUCAAGAACCACCACAUGCUGCAGCUGCUUGGCAGGCCACAAUGGCUGACAGUCUCAGGCAGAUCUCAGACCUACGUGAAGAAGGUGAUGGCGGCCGUGGAAGCCAGAGGGGGUGCCUUCCGCACCGGCACGGAAGUGACUGGGGUGCAGAGCCUGGGCGAGGAAGGCGUGGAAGUGCGUCUAGGGGACGGAACAUCGGAGCGCUAUGACCGGGUGGUUCUGGCAGUGCAUGGCGACACCGUGCUGCCGCUGCUGGGGGAAGGAGCCACGCAUGAGGAGCGGAGGGUAUUUUCUGCCUUCAAAUACGCCACCAGCACCAUCUUUCUGCAUCGUGACAAGUCCCUCAUGCCCACCAGAAGGGCCGCCUGGAGCGCGUGGAACUUCAGAGGAGUGGACGCGAAGGGAGGGGUUUGUGUCACGUACUGGCUCAACACGCUGCAGAAUCUUGGGGACACAGGAGAGCCGAUUCUGGUGACCCUCAACCCUCCGUCUGGAAUCAAAGGCACAGUGCAUCACCAGUGGGUCACCUCUCACCCGCUCCCCACCACUGCUGCCACGGCUGCUGCCAGACUGCUCCCCACCGUGCAAGGAAGGAGGGGGAUCUACUUUUGUGGGGCAUAUCUGGGAUAUGGCUUCCAUGAAGAUGGGUUCAAGGCGGGUCUGACUGCAGCCAACGCUCUCCUGGGCGCCAGCAGCAGCCCAGCUCUGCAGCUGCAGCGCAACACUCCUCAGAUGCUUCUCCCGCUGCACUUUCAGGCCGCCAAGGCUGCAGUUCUCUCCUUCCUGCGCCCCUUCAUUCAUCUCGGAUCCGUGCAGCUGUUGGAGCGAGGAGGCACAGUGUACCGGUUUGGGAGACAAGGAACCAAGCUGGACUGUCAGAUGACCGUGCACUCGCCCGCCUUCUAUUGGAAGGUGGCGACACGUGCAGACCUGGGAUUGGCCGAUGCCUUUGUGGAUGGAGACAUCUCCUUCCCUCAGGGCUCCAGGGGUCUCCUCAAGUUCCUCGAGAUCGUGAUUGCCAACAGGGAUCGCAACAACCAACCCGGCCAGCGACCCGCAAAGAAGAAGGGCUGGUGGAGCCCUGCCCUGCUGACAGCAGUGGUGGGAUCGGCAGCUCUGUACGCGAGACACCUGCUGCGAUUCAACAACCUCACCAACGCACGCCGCAACAUCUCCAACCAUUACGACCUGAGCAACGGCAUGUUCCAGACCUUCCUAGACGAGACCAUGACCUACUCGUGCGCCAUCUUCGAGCGACCAGAGGAACCUCUGGUGGAUGCACAGCUGCGCAAGCUGAGGCGCCUCAUUGCCAAGGCGCGCAUAGACUCGUCGCACCACGUGCUUGAGAUCGGGUUCGGGUGGGGCAGCCUGGCUCUGGAGACGGUCAGCCUCACGGGGUGUCGCUACACGGGCAUCACACUCUCCUCGCAGCAGCUGCAGCUCGCCACAGAACGAGUCAAGGCAGCAGGGCUGCAGGAUCGAAUCAACUUCAUGCUCUGUGACUACCGCAACCUGCCAGGCACCGGCAAAUUUGAUCGCAUCCUCUCAUGUGAGAUGCUAGAGGCGGUGGGCCACGAGUACCUGGGAGACUUCUUCCAUCACUGCGACCGCUUGCUCGCAAUGGACGGGCUGCUCGUUGUUCAGGUGAUCACCACACCAGAGAGCCGCUACGAGGAGUACCGCCUAUCCUCCGAUUUCAUCAAGGAGUACAUCUUCCCCGGCUGCUGCGUGCCCUCCCUCUCUGCUCUCACCGACGCCAUGGCCAAGAACUCCGCCUUCAGUGUGGAGGAGCUGGAGAACAUUGGGCCGCACUACGCCACAACGCUCAUGAGAUGGCACGACAACUUCAUGGCUCACCGGCAUGAGAUCAUGGAGAUGGGGUUCGGUCCCAAGUUCAUCCGCACAUGGCAGUACUACUUCGUCUACUGUGCUGUGGGCUUCCAAACGCGCACGCUUGGGGAUAUUCAGGUGAUUCAGAGGGGUUAG